AUGACAGCACACCUUUCCGGAGAUACGUAUCCGCGAGAUAAUCGUACCUGGCAAAUCCUCCACGCAGCGCAAACAGGAGGCUACGCGGUCGGGGCAUACAAUUGUUACAACGAUGAUGGGAUCAUAGCGGUCAUCCGCGCAGCGGAACGUCAAAGAUCGCCAGCAAUUAUUCAGGUCUUUCCCUGGGCGCUCCAUUUCCAAGGUCCUGAGUUCAUCUCGUAUGCGAUUGCACGUGCGCACGCUGCAACUGUUCCUGUCGCCGUACAUCUGGACCACUGCAUUGAGCAUGCUGAUGUAGAACUUGCGUUAAAGAUUCCUGAUCUGGAUUCGUUGAUGGUCGACGCGUCAACAUCCGACCCUGAGGCUAAUAUGCAGUACUGCGCGGAGAUUGCCCGGCGAGCGAAAGAGAAUGGCAUGACCGUUGAAGCGGAGAUGGGCCGGAUCAACGGCGGGGAAGAUGGUCUCAAGACUGUCGAUAUGGAGGUUCUGUAUACACACCCGGACUUUGCACGUGAGUUUGUGGAGAAGACAGGAGUUCAAUUCCUUGCGCCAUCUUUCGGCAACGUCCACGGUCCGUAUCCUGAAGGAGGUGCCGAAAAGUAUUGGCAGUUGGACCGAUUAGAAGCCAUUGGCCAAGCGUUGGGACCGGCCACACCCCUUGUGCUCCAUGGAACGCAUCCAGUUUCUGAUGAGCUGUUCCGCAAGGCCAUGGACAGGGGUGUUGCAAAAAUCAAUUUGAACCGUAACGUGAGGGACGAUUACACCGAUUUUGUGGGACAGCAAUACUCGCGGCACGAGCUCACUGUUCUGAAAGAAAAGGCUGUCGAAGUCGCAGAUGGUCUUGUCAAGCUUGGCCUUCCCUACGGCGGUUACUUGGAUGGUCUCACAAUGUACUCGCCGCAGUACCAAUCUGGCGAUACAAAGAUUGUAGGCCUUGUGUACACAGUGAAAUUCGUACCAAUAUCGGAUACAAACGCGCCAAAGCCUAAUGGAAAUUAUAUCGACAGUAUCCCGAAAGCGGCAGUCGUGUUUAUCUCGCAACCGGCUCCGCACAUUAACGCUGUAUAUGGCGGUCUCAUGUCAAUGCGAGCACGGUUCCUUGACGCUGCAGGUGUGGUCUUCGCCAAAGGCGUCGCCACUACAGCCGGAGGCUCAGUGUGUCGGCCUUCCCAGACAGAUGUACGAGUGCAGCUCAAUUCCGAUGCUUAUGAGGCCUGGAUAGAACCUGGUGAUUACAUUGUUGCUGAUUUGGAUGGUGUUGUCUGUGUACCUGCCAAUCUGGCAGAGAAGGUACUUGAAGUUAUCGAGCCGAUCGUGAAGGCUGACGAGAAGUGUGCUGCUGGCAUAAAGGAAGGACGUACGGUUCAAGAUGUCUUUAAAGAGUACCGGGGUCGAUGA